GAAUGCAGCAUAAACUGUUGAGGUGAUCCAUGGCAACAAGAGGAGCAGCAACCAACCGCCGAGCCCGUCUUUCGCUCUCUCUCCAACUCUCUCCCAUUGUCCCCUCCGGUCUCCGCUCCGCUCUGUCCGGUAAAUGUAGCCGGAAUGCUUCGGGGAGGAAUUACUCCUAACGGCUGCCGCUGAGAAACGGUACCAAGGUGACCGACUGGGAGGGAGGCAGCUCGCCCGCCACCCGGAGAACCGGAGCUCCACAUCAGCGCCAGGUGCCCGCACUACGACCCGCUGAUAACGGACGGAAACGAUGCUAGUAGCUGGUACCUUCUGGGGUUGAAUCAGUAAAAUUUGACCCUUUAGUUCAUUAUUAACGGGAAGCGGGCAAAAUGAAAGCGGUUUGUGUGUCAGAAAGGCUUGAUAUUUUUGAUUAACUCUUGCGGUGCCUCGCUGAAACACGCUGUCCCAGCUCUGUGCGUCUCUGCACCGUCUCGCCCCCCGUCCAGUUAACCAUCGCUGCCCUUAUCUUACUCGAGCAUCAUCGUGAAGAUGGCGACUGGGUCGGGCUGGCAGCAGUAUUACUGCCCUACCGGUCAGGGGAAAUUUACUCCAUUAUCCACCGCCUCCUUCCAGUCCGGAGUCGCCAUGGAAUAUACCCAGGACCUACACCUGAGGAUGAGCAAGAAGAUCGCACAGCUAACCAAGGUUAUCUAUGCACUGAACACGAAAAACGACGAGCACGAGGCGGCCAUUGCCACGCUGAAGGAGGCGCACGAAGAGGAGGUGCAGCAGAUCCUGUCUGAGACCAGAGAGAAGAUCCUGCAGUUCAAGAGUAAAAUCAGCGAUGAGAUGGACCUGAAGAAGAGGAUCCAGUCUCUGGAGGAGUCCAUGGAGCUGCACGAGAGGAUGAAGAGGCAGGCGCUGGCCGAGUUCGAGAGCUACCGUCAGCGGGUGGAGGACAUGCAGCUCUGCACCGAGGCCCAGCACACGCAGCGCGUGGUGUCCAUGUCGAGGGAGGUGGAGGAGAUGAGACGGUCCUUUGAGGAGAAGCUGCGGACGUUCAGCCAGGCCCAGGCUCAGUUUGAGCAGGAGAAGAAAGCGGCUCUGGAGGAGCUCAAGGCUCAGCACAGGCAGGAGAUCCAGGAGCUCCUCCGCAGCCACCAGAGCCAGAAUGCAAACUACAGCAAAGACCAGGAGAAACUGGGGCAGCUGCACAAAGCCGAGGUGGAGUCUCUGGCGGAGCGGGUGGAGGAGCUGAAACAGGACAAGAAGAGGCUGGUGGACGAAUACGAAGCCAAACUCAGCAAGGCUCAAGCGUUUUACGAACGCGAGCUGGAGGCCAUGAAGCGAACCCAGCAGCUGACGGCCGACAACCUGCUGGCGUGGAAGCGGACCGAGGCCGAGCUGCGGCGGGAGUUCCAGACGCAGGAGGCGGCGCUCCAGAAAACGCUGGGGAAGCUGCGGGCCGAGCUGGCCCGCGUGACGGACGAGGCUCGGGAGAACCGCGAGAAGUCUCACAAGCUGCAGGCGGCGCUCGGCACGGCAGAGGGCUCCAUCAAGGACUUAACCAAGCAGCUGGAUGAAGUGACCCAGAACUCCGAGAUCAUAGAGAUCCGUCAGAAAGAGGCAGAGUGUGAGCUGGAGGCAGCCAGAGACCGGGUUCAGCAGCAGGCCACGGAAAUACUCCUCAAAGCCAGCCAGAUAAGCAGCCUGCAGGCCACCCAGAUGACCCAGGAAGCCGCCAUCAGGGACCUGGACAACGAGCGCAGCCGCCUGAAGGACAAGGUGCUGCGGAUGGAGGAAGAGAGGGAGGCCCUGCAGAGCCAGAGCAAAGCGCUGGAAGAACGACACAAACAGCAGAUCCAGUCCCUGGAGAAGACCCUGCAUGAAGAGAAAACAUCCCACGAGAAGGACAUGAGGAGCGUGCAAGCUCACUACGAGGAAGAGGCCAGCCAGAUGAAGGACAGCCAGGCCCGCGCUUUGGAGGAAGUGGCCAAGAAGCACCGUGUGACCCUGGAGAACACGCUAACCACCGCGGAGAAGGACAAGAACCGCCUGCUGGCUGAGCUGGAGCAGCAGUUUGAGAAGGAGCGCCUCUCUCUGGAGGAGCAGAAGACGCUCCUCAGUCAGCAGCUGGACGAGAUGAGGGAGGAGCUGACGUCCAAACUCAGAGCCGCCAACGAGGAGGUGUCCCGGCUGCAGCAGGAGGUGCGGAAAGGGGAGGAGGACUUCGGGGCAGCGGAGGGCCAGAUCUCCACCCUGAAGGAGGCGCAGGACAAACUGCUGGAGGAGCUGGACGCCACGCGGGCCCGACUCAGAGAGACCAGCAACCUGCUGACCGCGCUGCAGGGAGAGCUGGAAACCCAAAAACGCCAACAUGAAGCCAAACUCAUAACCACCAAAGAAGAAGAAAAGCAUAAGAUGGACAAGAUGGCGCUGGAGCUGGAGCUGAAAUGGACCGAGACGCUCCGGCAGGAGUGCAAGAAGCUUCGCGAGGAGCUGAGGGAGGAGCACGAGGAGGAGAAGACCGCGGCUCUGGCUCAGCUGGCACAGAGCAAGGAGCAGGAGCAGAACAGCGCCAGGGAGAGCUGGCAGCGGAAAGUGGACGACCUGCUGGAACAGAUAUCUCUGCUGAAGCAGAGUCUGGAGAUGCAGCUGUCGCAGUCGCAGUCCUCGCUGCAGCAGCUGCAGCACCAGUUCAGCCAGGAGAGGGAGCACCUUCGCAUGCAGCUGGACGAGCUGCAGACGGAGCAUCAGAGGCGGCAGCAGCGUCUGCAGGAAGCCCACCGCUGCGCCAUGCAGGACAUGGAGCACGCCAGGCAGCGCGACCUGAAGGAGCUGGAGGAGCGUCUGCGCCAUCAUCACCACGCAGAGCUGCAGUCGCUCCGGGAGGCCCACCGGCAGAGCAUCGAGACGCUCAAACAGCAGUCGGAGCAGGAGCUGCAGACUCUCCGCUUCGAGCUGGAGGACGAGGGCAAAGCCAUGCUGGCCUCUCUGCGAUCGGAGCUGAACCACAUCCACGCCUCGGCCAUCGAACACCUGCGGCAGACCCACCACCAGGAGUCUGCAGCUGCCAAAGCCGAGCUGGAGAAGGUCCUGGAGAACAACCAGACCCAGGAGCGGGACCUGCUGAGCCGGAUCUCUGAGCUGCAGGAGGAGGUUUCCCGGAGGAAGAGCCACAUCGCUCAGCUGGACCACCAGAUCCACACGCUCAAUGAGAACAUCAGCACCCUGACCAAGGAGCUGGAGCUGAAGGGCAAAGAGGUGCUGAAGAUCCGCAGCGAAGCCAACCAGCAGAUCCGGGCUCAUGAACAGGAGCUGACGAAGAGGCACGAGCGGGAGCUGACGGAGCUGAGCGCCGCCCACAGCAGGGAGACCCAGAACAUGCUGUCGGACUUCAACAAAGCACAGGAGCUCCUCAAGGACAAGAUCUCGGCUCUUCAGAUUCUUUUGGAGGGAACAGAGGAGAAGUUCAGGAACAGAGAGAGUCGACCUGAAGACCUGCAGGUCAUCGCCGAGCUGAAGGAGAUGGUCACCGAGAGAGAAUCUCUGGUCAAGAAGCUGGUGGACGAUAAGAAGUUCUACCAGCUGGAACUCGUCAACAGGGAGACAAACUUCAACAAAGUAUUCAACGCCAGUCCAAACGUAGGAGUCAUCAACCCUCUCAUUAAGCAAAAGAAAAAGAGUGAGAAAGCAGCCAGCAGGUUGAGCAGCUCUCCUAAUCUCAGGGCUCUGGAGGCGGCAGGUUUGGGUUUGGGUGUGGUAGGCACGGGGACCGGGCAGACCCCGCAGACCUCGCCCCCUCCACUGCCCAGCCGCCUAGAGCCCAUCCCCAACCCCCCCCUCCACCACCUGGAGCUCAACUCCAACAAACCUCUAGCCCCGCCGACCCCUCCCACCGAACCCAAGAAGUUCAUGAGUUUUCCUCUUCAACAAGGAGGUUCAGCAAACAUACAGCUAAAGAAACCUGGAGAUUACUUUCUGCCUCCUAACAAGUCCUGAAAUUCACCGCUGACUGCGUCCUGCUGCAGCACAGCUCCGUAAAUAAACUACAAACAUUUAAGGAGCAGAAAUACCAGAUGGACACAAACACAAGAGUCCCACACGCGACUGGAGCUUCAAAGAAUGGCGUUGGAAUGCAAAAGGAGCAUGAUGUUUUUCCCUUUAAGUUUUCUUUCCUCAGUCGUGUGCGUCAGUGUGUAAAUGUUGUCCGCAUGCCUGCAGGUUUGUCUUUUGUUUCAGGAAGUUAUAACACUUGUCAGCAAUCUUUGUGGUUCCUUUAUGUUGUUGCAUUUUGUCAUUUUGUGAUUUUCAUCCUCAUCCACAGUUCAGCAUGAUGCUCUUUCCUUCCCGGCUCCGAAACAUGAUGAUUGUUGUCAUAAAAAGUUAUGAACUGUUGUUUCUGUGACCUCUGACCUUCAAACAGCUCUACUCUGCUGUCCAACAAGCGACUCUCUUUGUUUUGUGGCAUCUAGGUGAUGAAUUAAGUGACACAUGAACACACGCCGUGGAUCUUUUUGCAUGGCAGCUGGUGUUUUCUGACGGGAGUGUUUAGGUGUGGAGCAUGUGUGCUGCAUGCUUUCCUGCAGUUCGUUUCAGGAACGAAACAAGAUGGCUGCUUUGCAAAAGCUUGGGACAAACACUUUCUCCUCACAAACAUUCACACACACCUAAAUGAUUUUAACUAUAAAAAACUAAUUUACUGUACCAGCAACACAUUAACACACUGCCACCUUAAAGUCUGAGGUCCGAUAAUGUAGAUUUUAGUUCAUCUUUACAUUUUUAUCAGUGUUUAUCAGUCUGAAAACUGGCACUAAAGAAGCUUUUAGUCUGUUUUUCAUAUUUUAGUAAAAAAAUAAUGAAUAAAUGGCCACGUUUUAGUUUAAUGACCUUUACUUUUAAAUUCCCAGUGUUCUAAAACCAAAUAACUUUAUGCUAAUUGCCAUCUCUGUAUGUCUUAUCUGUAAUUAUAUGACAUUAAUAUAUUUUUAUUUAAGGAAGCUGUUUUUUAAGGAAACCAGGUGAAGGCAAUGAAAGAAAUUCCAUAUAUUCACUUAAAA